AUGAAAGAAAAGAAGAACAAAACACUCAAACAGCUGCAGACAAGAAUAGCAGCAGAGUAUCCCUCGUACGCCUCCCUCUUCACAAGGGUCUCUGUGGAGCCGCAGCUGCAGCUAUGCGAUAUAACAGGCCUUCCUGCGAAGUACGUGUGUCCAAGAACAGGCCUGCAGUACAGCUCGAGCAAAGUUUAUUCGAAGAUAAGAGAAAUUCCAACGGAGCAUGCACAGAUCCUCGGAAGCAUAAGACAGCUCGGAAAAGAGCUAAGCGCGCUGACCAAGAAGUAA